AUGUAUCUCGACAAUACGUGUAACAUAAGCCAAACUUCUUUCGCCAUUAAGUUCAAACCAGAAUUUUCCUCCGGUGUUCUGAUAUUAUUGGGUGUUCUCAUGGCAUUGUUAGCCCUCAUUACAGUUCUUGGAAAUGCUUUGGUCAUCCUGGCUUUUGUUGUGGACAAGAAUCUGAGAUAUCGGAGUAAUUAUUUCUUUCUAAAUCUUGCUAUUUCUGAUGUUGCAGUGGGUGCAUUCUCUAUCCCUGUGUAUAUCCCAUACAUCCUAACAGGAACAUGGCAUUUAGGAAAAGUCUUCUGUAAACUCUGGCUUAUUGUAGAUUCUCUCAUGUGCUCGGCUUCAUCGUUUAAUAUUGUUCUUAUCAGCUAUGAUCGGUUCCUAUCGGUCAGCAACGCUGUGUAUUACAGAAGUCAUCAGACAAUGACUUCAAAGGCUGUUGUUUUACUGGUAGCAAUCUGGGUUUUUGCAUUUUUACUUGAUGGCCCAGCAAUAAUCAUUUGGGAAUAUGUGGUUGCCUGCAGCAGUAUGCGUGAUGGAGAGUGUUAUCCUGAAUUCAUCUCCAACUGGUAUAUUUCCAUGUGCAUUUCAGCCUUGGGGUCAUUUAUACCUUUAUUCUUUGUAGCUUAUUUCAACCUGCGUAUCUUCCAGACCAUACAAAAGCACAAGAGAAACAGCUCUGUACAGUUGUCAAAUUCUCCAAAGGGCAAGAGACAGCCAUGGAGACUUUGCACUUUGUUGAAAAAAAGAAUGCCUUCUCCUGAUUUAGAAACAAAGGACAGUGUUUCUGCAUCCUCAGGAAUACAGAAUCAGUCACUGGCACUUGACAGUUCAAAUCUAUCUCAAAUCCAUUCAAUAAUCUCUGAAAAUGAUGACUUGGGUUCUUAUAGAAAAAAGACUCAGUCCAAACCACAGAGACAUAAAAACAUUGCAAAACCACUUUCCAUAAUUGUUUGUAUCUUUACUAUUUGUUGGGCACCAUAUUCAUUCCUUACACUUAUUCGUGUAGCCUGCAGUGGAACAUGUGUGUCUGACUCUUUGCAUGAAGCUACAUUUUGGCUUUUGUGGAUCAAUUCAUCUGUGAACCCUUUUCUCUACUCUCUCUAUCAUGUUAAGUUUCGAAGGGCUUUCAUCAAAAUGUUAUGCCCCCAAAAGCUUGUGGGACUAAGUCAAUCAUCCUCUUCUUAG